GGAGGAGGGGGAUCUUGAUUCUUGAGCUCCGACGAGUGGCAAGUGAAGGUGUGGGGAAAGCAACAUAAAUCGACAAAAACAAACCGUCUUCUAAAAAAUACGACUCUAUCAUCUCUGCCUCUGGCUUUAAAACUCUUUUCAUCGCUUGCAGCAGAGAAUCUUCUCUCUGCUCCUCAUUCGAAGACGACGACCAAGAAACUUCCAGUCGAAGAAACUGCUCCCUUCUUAUAGCCAAGUCUCUCGCUUCACUCCCCCUCCAUUACCAUAUGAUGCGGCGGCGAUGACCUCUGAUUUAGCGGCGGUCCUCGAUCUCUAUCACCAAUGUUGGCGUUGUAGAAAACUUUGGAUCCAACUCUCUGAUUCCGGUAAUUUCCAGAAAACAGUAGCUAAGUAAAAGGAACGGUUAUUGAUCGAAGAAGAAAAUGUCACAUUCAUGGGAUGGUCUUGGAGAGAUUGCGUCAGUGGCUCAGCUGACUGGUUUAGAUGCCGUCAAGCUGAUUGGGCUCAUUGUUAAAGCUGCCAAUACUGCAUGGAUGCACAAGAAGAACUGUCGUCAGUUCGCUCAACAUCUCAAACUCAUUGGGAAUUUGCUUGAACAGCUCAAGAUCUCUGAGAUGAAGAAGUAUCCUGAGACUCGUGAGCCUCUUGAAGGGCUUGAGGAUGCGUUGAGGAGGUCUUACCUUCUCGUCAAUAGCUGUCGUGACCGGAGCUAUCUUUACUUGUUGGCUAUGGGUUGGAACAUUGUUUACCAGUUUAGGAAACAUCAGGAUGAGAUUGAUCGUUUUCUCAAGAUCAUACCUCUUAUCACAUUGGUUGAUAACGCUCGCAUUCGGGAGAGGUUUGAAUAUAUUGACCGUGAUCAGCGCGAGUAUACUCUGGAUGAAGAGGACAGACAUGUGCAAGAUGUUAUUUUGAAACAAGAAUCCACCAGAGAAGCAGCAUCAGUGCUGAAGAAGACUCUCUCUUGCUCAUACCCUAACUUGCGUUUCUGUGAAGCUCUCAAAACAGAAAACGAGAAACUGCAGCUUGAACUUCAGCGUUCGCAGGAGCAUUAUGAUGUGGCUCAGUGUGAAGUCAUUCAGCGUUUAAUUGGUGUUACACAAGCUGCUGCUUCUGUUGAUCCUGACUCUGAGAAGGAGCUCACGAAGAAAGCUUCGAAAAAAGCUGAGCGUACCUCAAGCAUGAACACAGAAUAUUCUUAUGAAGAAGAUACUCCCAAGAAAAGCAGUAGUCGUGCAGCCUCGAGAUCCGCUUCUAAUGUUUCAUCGGGGCAUGAUCUACUUUCACGAAGAGCAUCACUAGCAGAACACCAUGAAGAAUGGCAUACUGACUUACUUGCUUGUUGCUCGGAACCUUCUCUCUGCUUGAAGACAUUCUUUUUCCCAUGUGGUACUUUGGCAAAGAUUGCCACUGCAGCAUCUAACAGGCACAUCUCUUCAGCUGAAGCAUGUAAUGAGCUAAUGGCAUAUUCUUUGAUACUUUCGUGCUGCUGCUACACUUGUUGUGUAAGGAGGAAACUCAGGAAGACACUAAACAUCACGGGAGGGUUAAUUGACGAUUUUCUAUCUCAUGUGAUGUGUUGUUGCUGUGCUCUUGUACAAGAACUGAGAGAAGUUGAGAUUCGUGGGGCUUAUGGUAUGGAAAAGACGAAAAUAAGUCCGCCUUCGUCGCAGUUCAUGGAACAUUGAAUUCUUAAAUUAUACAAAAGGUGAACAAAACAACGAUAUGUCCUUGUCUCUCUGGAUAUGACAAUAGAUUCUUCUUCUUAUUAUUACUCACACUUGUGUUUGUUUUGUGUUGUUGAGUCGUUGUCGUAUGUAAAUUAGUUGUUUGGGAUUCUUAUGGAACUUUCAGAAAUUUGUGUUGUGUGUAUCAUAAUAGACUAACUAAUUUUCUAAUCCUACUUUUAUCACAUGCUUAAA